AUGGCACAAUCUCAUGAUCCCCGGCGUUUUGGGUACCCUGCCGGUCUAGUUGACCAGAGUCUUCCAAAGCUGCCCAAGAUUUCCAUUGAGAGCUCACGACCACAAACUCGGACUAAUCCCGACCCUCGUCCGACUCCGAUUGUUCGAAAACAUGACGAGACAAGAGUGCCUCCGCGACGUUAUCGAACGCGGAUCCCUCAGUUCCCGCAGUCCAGGAAAUGGGCAAGGAUGUAUGGCUCAGACCCACCGCGGCCACCGCCAAAGACGUCCUGGCCGGUUGAUAGCUCACCUCCAGCAUACGCGGAAGAAAAGGCUCUCACUAUGCGUGAGGUUUCGUUUGAGCAACAGCGAGCGCAAUUGAGGAAACCUGUUGCGCCAAAGCCAGAUACAGAGGAUCACGAACGUCCACGAAAUGCGAGCGAAAGCAGUUCCGUUCUCCAGGAAAGCGGUCUCUGUCAGCCAGCUUCUGCCCAGUGUUGGAAAACCGCCAAGGCCACAGUCACGACCAAGCCUCGCACGACAUCAAGAAAAUGGCUGGGAGGACAAUAUCCAUGCCGAAAAGCUAUCCCCGUUCGACACCGAGACAGUAAAGGUCGACGGGCAUUGGAACGGAUUGCAGUGCCGCCCCAAGCGCGAAUAGACAAGAGAAAAUCCAGACAUCUCGGUCUUCAUUCCAAGAAGGAGCAUUCUUCGCUGCUGCCGCAGCCAGAGGUCCUGAGGCUUUCUGACGACAAUAGUGGUGACCCCCAAGACCGAGGCCUUGGUAUCGAGCAGCGAUCGCGCUCGCUGGCCCCAUCUCUUUAUGACCCGGAGAAAGACAGGAAACUCCCCCGAAAGUGUGGGGAGAUUCUAAAUAGCGUGGACUUUAAUCGAAACUGGUUAUUGCCUGCCGCUUCAAUCCUGCCAGUGGUUGGACAAUCAAUCCAAGCCACGCAUUCAGCUACAAAGAAAUCUACCGAAGCCCGCAGAGGAAAUCCUCGAGAGGAAAUUUCGAUGCAGGAGGUUCUUACAUUUUUGCCGACCCCAGACCAGAUCGAUGAUGAACAGCCUGUGCCGAAUAUCACUGUCACUGCAGAUCUUCCGUCCAAAGAUGCUCAAAGCCAUGGGCCUCCUACGAGAGCUUCAAGUAAAGCUGUCUCCAAUAUCGCAACCAUGAUGCCGACAUCAAAACCGAACCCUUUGCCAACCAUGUCGGGAUGUAACAGUCAUUCAAUUUCAGCUUCAUAUGGACGACAGAACAUUCGGAUGAGAGAAGCUCAGACCCCAAACUUUGCCCUAUCCCGGCUUCGCAUGCCUUCCACUGAGUCUAGUGGUCACUCCUCCAAGAGCCCUCGUUCAGCAAGAAGCACCGAUACCCUUGCCAAAAUUGAAGCUCAAAUCCAAAGCAUUUCCCAAUCCAGCCUUGGACCCAAAAAGGAGAAAACUUCGUCCACAAACUCCGACGCAAGGGAUGAUGGACCUCCAAGCAUACCCCCCGAGCGCCCCUUGCCCAUGUUACCAGCCGAGGCAAAUCCAGAGAGCAAGUCUACUCACACUCGCUCGUCUGUCAAAGAAGGUGUGCAUGGAGAUGGUACCGAGCAAGAUCCCGGUGUCCAAGCGCUUCACUCGGCUUUUGCUACUAACAUUCUGGAAUGUUUGUCAUUUCCAAGCCGGCCGGUUUCAUUGCCAUCUACAGUAGGGCAAACUUCCGACUUAGCACCUGGUCCGUUGCGCUGUCCUCGUUCUCAGACCGAUAUUUCAACGGUCAGCGGGAGAGAAUCGGGAGAUUUAACAAAAUUCAUCUCAGUUCAAGCCUAUAGCAAUCGCGAUUCGUUGGACUCAUUCCGAUCUUUUCCUUGUCACAAAAUUUCUGGUCCCCGCGCAGACAGGGUUAAACAGAAACGAAUGCGGGAUAUUGCCAGAUCAAAAAGCCAUUCACCGGUAUUUGAGCGCGCUGUGAGCUGCAAACGUGUCCAUCAUCAAAACACUGCACCGUCAGAGACAGUUGAUCAGCCUUCAAACAGCAAGGCUAGGCAAUCUGUGGAUCAUCUUGAUCAGUUUCCAUCCGUACCGGCUUCUAGGCGCUCUAGUCUUGUCAGCGCGGUGGUUCCAGGCCAUGCCAGCCACGUCCGACAAUUAUCCAAAGCUAGCCCCCAUAAAUAUCGGAGCAGUCAAUCUCGUCAGCCACUGGGCCAGAGUAAUAUUUUCGUUGUUGUCGACUCUGACCCUGUAACCGCACGAUUCCGAGCUGGUGCCAUGAGCCCAACUCCAAGUAUUGGAGGAAGUAUCAACGGAGGAAGCACCAGCCCAUUUCGGACCUCCAAGCAUGCCCGAGCUUCUUCGAGUCUGAAAGAGGGGACCGUCGUUCAAUCAAGUCCUACGAAGCUCGUGAAACAGGAAAUCGGUCUUCACAGUGCCAGGGCAGAGAAGUUUCCACCAUUGGCCGACAAGGACAAGCGGUCAAUGAGAAACAGCAACAGGUGCCCAAGUAGCUCAAGCGACGAGUUUUCCAAAUUUGCCCCUUUCACAGGUCCGAAUACUCAAGGAGUAUCGUCGUCCAGACCCCAAAAGCGUCGACGGUGGAACAGCAAUGAUAUUAAUUUGAUCAAAGCUUUGCAACAAGAUCUUGAAGAUUACUAUAGAACGAUAUUGAAACAAGAAGAGAGGAUCAGGUGGCAAGCACACCAAAUCCAAAUGAUGAUCCGAUUCAUUGCUCCAGUGAACCGUGCGGGAGGGGUGAAGGCUCCUACGUAUCUUGAUGACAUUGCCAACUACACCACUACAGACGAAAGCGCUCAGCCAGCACCAAAACUUUCGAGGGGCGACAAAGAUAAUAGACAGAAAGCGGUCGGCUUAGGUUCUCCGGUGCAAAGGACCAGGAAGAACAAAGUCGGCGACCAAGGUCACAAGAGGUCCAACAGUACAGGUAAUAACAGCGCAGCGUCGGUCACGGUCACGGUAUCGACUGAUUCGACAAAGGCUCACGCCGAUGAUGUUUCAAUAACUGAUCCUUGCGACUAUGAUCCAGUCCCUUCUCUGCGAUCCAGAAUGCAAAACCACAAGCCUCGAAAGGCAGCCCCUGUCCUGUCAAAAAAGAGAGAAACGCCGCCGGCGACAGACCUAUGCCAUCAGCACCCUUGCGUCAAUCUUCCCCUGGUGUGA